CAGACAAUAUUCUGUUACAUUGUAGCAAAAUGGCGACUGUCAUUCACAACCCCCUGAAAGCGCUCGGGGACCAGUUCUACAAGGAAGCCAUCGAGCACUGCAGGAGUUACAACUCGCGGCUGUGUGCAGAGCGCAGCGUGCGUCUCCCCUUUCUGGACUCGCAGACCGGGGUGGCCCAGAACAACUGUUACAUCUGGAUGGAGAAGAGGCAUCGAGGCCCAGGCCUCGCCCCAGGCCAACUCUACACAUACCCUGCCCGCUGCUGGCGCAAGAAGAGACGAUUGCACCCACCUGAGGAUCCGAAGCUGCGGCUGCUGGAAAUUAAACCUGAAGUGGAGCUGCCCCUGAAGAAAGAUGGCUUCACCUCAGAAAGCACCACCCUGGAAGCCUUGCUCCGCGGGGAGGGGGUUGAGAAGAAAGUGGAGGCCAGAGAGGAGGAGAACGUCCAGGAGAUACAGAGGGUUUUGGAAAAUGAUGAAAAUGUGGAAGAAGGGAACGAAGAAGAGGAUUUAGAAGAGGAUAUUCCCAAGCGGAAGAAUAGGACCAGAGGACGGGCUCGUGGCUCUGCGGGGGGCAGGAGGAGGCACGACGCGGCCUCUCAGGAAGACCAUGAUAAACCUUACGUCUGUGACAUCUGUGGCAAGCGCUACAAGAACCGGCCAGGACUCAGCUACCAUUAUGCUCACACUCACCUGGCAAGUGAGGAAGGAGAUGACGCUCAAGAUCAAGAGACUCGGUCCCCACCUAACCACAGAAAUGAGAACCACAGACCCCAGAAAGGACCGGAUGGGACAGUCAUUCCCAAUAAUUACUGUGACUUCUGCUUGGGGGGUUCUAACAUGAACAAGAAGAGUGGGCGGCCCGAAGAGCUGGUGUCCUGUGCAGACUGCGGACGCUCUGGUCACCCGACCUGCCUGCAGUUCACCCUGAACAUGACUGAGGCCGUCAAGACCUACAAGUGGCAAUGCAUUGAGUGCAAGUCCUGCAUCCUCUGUGGGACCUCGGAGAAUGAUGACCAGCUACUCUUCUGCGACGACUGUGACCGCGGCUAUCACAUGUACUGUUUAAAUCCCCCAGUGGCUGAGCCCCCAGAAGGAAGCUGGAGCUGCCACUUAUGCUGGGAACUGCUCAAAGAAAAAGCCUCAGCCUUUGGCUGCCAGGCCUAGGGCCCCAGGUCACAGAAUGUGACUUGCUCCUGGAGAGGCUGAACCAGAGCCCAGCUCAAACCAGACAGACCAACUGUAAGGAAAUGAGUCAUUGAGGGACAUAGACAGGUGGAACGGAGAGGAUGAGAUAUCUACUUACCUCCCACCCACAGGUUUCCGUACUUCAACGAGCCCCUUCCUUGUUUCUGCCGAAUGAUCUUGCACUUUUAAAGAACAACCCCAACCCUGUGGAAGCCCCCUCACUUUUACCCUGGCACUUUCACCCAUUUUAAGGGUAGCCAUUUUGUGGCCCCUGACCAGUCAUUUGCAAGUAGUUUGGUGUUUUCUAUUUAUCGUGUUCCAAGAAAUCUUCGCAUAGCCUCUCCACCCGCAGCUUAACCUCUUCAUCCUAAACUCUCACCAGAGCCACAACGGGCUGUGGAGAAGUUGUUAUGUAUUACCAGCCUUACUGGAAACUUCUAGACUUGGAGCCUGGAGACCAUCUUGAAGGCAGAGCCCUGCAACCCCUCCUUGGUCCUCGGUCUCUGUGGAGAGGAAGUGCUGCCUUCCAGAACCCCUGGCAGUUAUCCAGUGGCACCCACAGCCAGGGUGGUCUUGAUUCACAGUGUCAGGCCACUUGAUAGGGGGUGGGGAGGAAAGUGGAGGCCCUGAGAGGUGGGAGGAAACUGCAGAUAAUACUGAGGCCCAGCCCCAGUCAGUCAGUAUUUAUUGUCUAUCAGGAGAGGUUCUGCAAGGGACUACGUGGUUCCUUGACCUCCAGAGCUCGGGCGUCCUUGAGGUGAGGCAAAGCACAGCCUGUGGACAGAGGAAAAUGCUUAGGUCUCCGCCUUCCAACCCACCAGGUCCAGAGGUCUGGUUCAGCUUUCCUUGGGGGCACUCAAGAACCAGGAGGGCAAGCGAAGGCUGCUCAACCAAGCAUCUGAAUGUUGGAUACAAAGGAUCACGGUUUUGGAAAACCCUUCAGUAUUGAUGCAACACUAUGAAUUCCUUUUCCCAAGUGAUUUCUUCCUUCCUUAGAGUAUAUGUUUCCCAUUGUCCACGGAGACAGGACCCUGGAAAUUUUAGGAUGGGGGGAGAGAUGAUUGCUACCUAAACAAAUAAUUAGGGUGGUAUGAUUAUUUAUGAUGAAGAUGGUGACGACUCAGAAUCCUCAGCCUGAGGGUGGCUCCUGUCUCCCCAACUCCCCGAUGUGUGCUGGACUCUUGUUUUCAAAACUAUUCUGAGAUGAAAGACACAGGGAGGUUCAGAUUCCGAGAACUUUGUUGGACUGGGUUGUCUUUGAAUCCCAGCAGUGGCAGCAGCAGCAGCACAAUAACUGACACAUUUCUGGAAAAAAUCAUUUGCCCAAAGGGCAGGUCUCGGUGAGCAGGACCCUCGCGCAUGCUCGGUUUCCCUGAAAUCAGCUCCAUCUCUGUGGUCCGGCCGCUUACAACAAAGGCCGAGGUUAUUUUUAGUCCUUCAGCUCCUGGAAGAAGCCCCUGGAGACCCGAGCUAGUUGGGCCGCUUCCGCCGGGCUGUAGCCUGCUCUCUGGCUUGGCAGGCGUGUUUUUCCCCAGGCUGAUUGCUCUUGGCCACUGGACCCGGGGCAGCCUGGUGUGGAGCUGAGCAGUGUCACUCCUUUUGCAGAGUGACCUGUGGCAAGAGAUGGGGGUCACUCUCCAGCAGGGUCCUGUGGCCACCCGGGGAGUUACACGCAUACAUAUGAUCUCUUUUAAAGGGCCCCAGUCCAGAGGGGAUUUUCAUCUCCCUCGUAAGGUAUUUCCUUCCCCUUGCUGGUUGGUGAACCUGUUUUGGGUUCUGGGGGUGCAGGGAGGGUUUGGGAAGUUGCUGUGUGUUCGCCCGGGAGAUGUGUUCACCUGUUCAUCAGAGGGGCAGACAUCCUCUCUUGGCUAGCUCUCAAUCCACCCAUAUAACUCAAAGUGGGAUGUCCCUGAAGGCUGAUUAUUGGUUUUGAAAUCAUUUUAAUUUAAUUUUAGAACCCCCCCCCCCCACAUUCCUAAAUGCCACAAUUGCUUAAAACUUAAAUGUGCACAUCCUAAACCAAACACUGUGGCUCUACAACUUGACAGGUCCUUUUGGGGUAUGUGCAAAUCUGUUCCCCACAUCCAAGCAGAUGAUGGAGUUUUGUCCUGUGCUGUCUGCAGCCACGUCUGCUCUACUCACAGAAGCUGUGAGGGUGGGAUGGAAUCUCUGAGCCCAGGAAGGGAGCUGUAACUCACCAGCAGUGUGGGCAUGGACAGGGCUCAGGAAUGGACAUUAGGAAGGCCCUUGAGUUCCCUUUACCAUUCCCUUACUCCCUGAGAUUGGUCCUGAUCUGGAAAGAGGGGAGAACAAAGCCUGCUUGUGAGACGGCACUGUUAGGGUACUGAAAGCAGACAAAAGUCUCCAUAGUCACAUUUAUCACAUUCUUUGUUGAAAAGAAAGAAGGCAUCUGUAAACUUCAGAUUGGUCUCUUUCUUUGAGCCCAAGAGAAUGAGCCAGAAUCAUCAGUAUACUUGAACCAUCAGGGUUUUAGUUUUGCCUUUGCCACGGAGUAGUUGCAUGAUCUAAGCAACUGACUCAACAUCCCUGAACCUCAGUUUGCUCACCUGUGAAGCAGAGAUAGUGGUAUUUGCCCUGCCUACUCCAUAGCAACUUUGGGAGUCUCAAAAGACAUAAUGUUUUAUAAAAGCCACCGCAGAGCCUGGGAUGUCAAGGAGGCACCCCAUGUGACUUCCACGGAGCUGGCCGAAGCUAGAGGCUCUCUCGGAAUUUCUCUCUGACCAAAGGGAGCUUAUGUGUGGAGGGCCAGGCUGCCUGGGCCACUGGGCUGAAGCCGUGAUGCUGUGACCAAGGAAACCGUGACUGUGCCCGGGUCUGUGGUGGGAGACGGAGCAUUCACCCUGGGGUUGGGGACUUCAGAAUGAAAAUCCUUGAGAUACCCCCUUCUACAAGACUAAAGCCUCUUAGAAGGGAGAGCUAAUUUCAUUUCAAUUCACGUAAGUGCUCACUUUAAACCUCGGUUUAAAGCCCAGCUCUGCUACUUUCGAGCUGGUUGACCUUGGGCAAAUUACUUAACCUCUCUGAGCCUUAUUUUCCACAUCUGUAUGAUGGGGAGUAUGGCCUGUUGGCAGGGUUGUUGCAGGGAUUUGAGGUCAUGCUGGCAAAGAUCCUGGCCCGCUGAAGGCCCCCACUCUGUGACAGCUAUUGUCAUUUUGUAGAGAGGCCACCGAGUGGAGAUAAUGGUGCUGUCUCUCCCCAGCCCAAAUGCACGGAACCAGCCAGGACACCUUUGCUCCACUUCCCUCCCAUAUGGUGACUCCAGCUGACUUUGGAAGAGGCUGGAGAUCAAAAUCCUGUUUCCUGUAGGCAUUUUAGAAACAUUGCUUUUUGGGCCUGUAGCAAAUCCAUUGCAGGCAACUCUGUGAGGAAAUACAACUCCUGUUAGGAGACUGACCUUCUGGUUUUCCUUCUCAACACCCUCCUCCCACCCCCCACUCAUAGCGUCUAAGGCGGGAAGGAGCCAGCAGCCCCCAGGCAGCCCCAGUAGGCAGCUGCUUCCCCGGGGCUCAGGCGCAGGCUCAGGCCUCUGGCUGG